AAUACACACAAUGUGAACUCAAGAAUACGAGUAAAUCGUAGUACGUUAUGGCGUCUAGUUCACGAUCUCAUGCAAAGAUCUUCUGUCCAGCACAUCCAGAUGCACCACUUAUUGAAGAUUACAGAGCUGGGGACAUGAUAUGUCCAGAAUGUGGACUAGUCAUAGGAGACAGAGUUGUGGAUGUAGGCACUGAAUGGAGAACUUUUAACAAUGAGAAGUCCACAAAUGACCCUACACGUGUGGGCGCAGCAGAGAAUCCACUACUUAAUGGAAGUGACUUGUCUACAGUUGUUGGAAGGGGUACGGGAGAUGCAAGUUUUGAUGAGAGUGGAGUAGCAAAGUACCAGAACAGAAGAACUAUGAGCAGUUCUGAUCGAGCCCUUACAAAUGCAUUUAGAGAAAUAAACAACAUGGCUGACCGAAUUAAUCUCACAAAAACAAUAGUGGAUCGAGCUAACAGUUUGUUUAAACAAGUUCAUGAUGGAAAGACAUUGAAAGGCAGAAGUAAUGAUGCAAUUGCAUCAUCCUGCUUAUAUAUAGCUUGCAGACAAGAAGGUGUUCCAAGAACCUUUAAAGAAAUAUGUGCUGUUUCCAAAGUAUCUAAGAAAGAGAUAGGGCGUUGUUUUAAACUGAUCCUAAAGGCUUUAGAGACUAGCGUUGAUCUCAUCACAACUGGAGAUUUCAUGUCUCGCUUUUGUUCCAACCUUGGACUGCCUAAUACUGUACAACGAGCAGCAACACAUAUAGCCAGGAAGGCUGUUGAGUUGGAUAUUGUGCCUGGAAGAAGCCCUAUAUCAGUUGCAGCAGCAGCAAUUUAUAUGGCAUCUCAAGCUUCACAAGAUAAAAAAUCACAGAAAGAAAUUGGAGAUAUAGCAGGUGUGGCUGAUGUUACCAUCCGCCAGUCAUAUAAACUAAUGUAUCCAAAAGCUGCUGAACUAUUUCCAGAAGACUUCAGAUUUCAUACUCCAGUUGAGCAGCUUCCCACACUUUGAGAAUAUGGUAGCAGCCCAUGUUGUUCUGUAAAAAAUGUAAGAACUUGCAGUGGGAGUUUCAAAGACAAACUUAGUACAAAGUUAUUUCUGCCACAAUGUUUUUAUGAUCCAGCUUUACUAAAAUUAAACAGUAAAAACAUAUAAGUGGAACAAAACUUGUUCUGUACUGGACAGAUUUUAUUGAACUAAACAGUUGAAGCUGUUAUAUAGAUUUUUUUGUGUGUUUAUCCCAUGAUAUUAUGCAUCAGGAAUUUAAAAAAAAGAUUAUACUGAUGAACAACAUUUCAUUUCUGUUACACUGGACAAUUUAAUUGUUAAUCUUGUAAUUUCUUUUCACUAUAGUAUACAAGAUUUUAAGGGCUAAAAUUUGUGAUAAAAGCCAUGUGAGCUGCAGAUGUUUUUUCACUUUCCUCUGAAUUUAUCCAUUUAGAAUUUAAAAUCAGAUGCACAAAAACCUUUAAAGCAUUUCUAGUAUAUCUUUUAGUCAUAGUUCAGAGGUGCCUAUUGUUAAAAUUAAUAUUUAAUUAUUCUUUAUACCUUAAAAACAAAUUUAAGUUAUGUUCAAUGAAACUUGUAUUAGUAACUAUAAACUUUCAAUAAAAAAAAUUUUUAUGAGAAAAUUAUACCAUCAAACUAUUGAAAGGCAAACUGUACCAAAUGUUGAAAUUCAUAUUCUACUCUAUAAGGUCACCAACAGGCACUGUUAUCGCUAUGCUGAUUUUUACUCAAAAUAGUUGAAAUUAUUUGGGGGGGGGGAGUGUUGUAUGGGUACAUGCCAUGUAGUUGUGUUAUAAAAUGAUCUGAUAAAGACUUGUUAAAUAAUUAUAUUAAAUGUGCACUUGUGUCUUCUCACCCUUACUAAAUAUUAAAAUAAUAAAA